CUCAAUCCCUGUCACCACUGUUAAGCCAUCCUACUGCCUACAGGUACCUGAAGAUCGUCCGUCCUCUGGAGACCCACGCCCUGCAAACGGUGCGCGCUGCCCACUACAUCUCCAUGGCAACCUGGGUCACCCUUCUAGCCUUAUCAUCUGCGUACCUGACCGUGUCCCUCCUCACCACUUGGGGCACCGAUCCCAUCCCCGGGACCAUGGGCUGUGACGCCCUCCACAGCCCCCAGCUCCUACUGCUCUACAAGAUCAUCCACAGUUUCUCGGCCGCCAUCUUCCUCUUCGUUCUGUUUUCCCUCCUCUUCCUCUACUGGGCCACCGUCCGCAGGCUGCGGCAGGUGCAGCUGAACCAGCAGAACCAUCCAUCCUGUGGAUCCAGCAGGAAACUCAGCAGCUCCAAGAGAAACAUGCUAGUUCUGGUCGCCGUGUUCUGCGUGUGCUUCGUGCCGUACCACCUGGUGCGCCUGCCCUACGCCUUCCUCCAGCCCUUCUUGCACAGGUGUGUCUGGAAGCAGGCCUUCUACUACCUGAAGGAGCUGACCGUGCUGCUGUCCGUCCUCAACGCCUGCCUGGACCCACUCAUCUACUUCAUCUUCUGUAAGGCCUUCAGGGCCCAGCUGGGCUUGAAGAUUGUUUUUAGUAAGACGACGACGACGGCACAGCAAGACAGUACAGCCCCACCGCCAGAAGCUAGGAGAAUUAGCCAGGGGAACCUGACCACCCUGACACACACCCAGACAAGGACGUCGUUCAGUAUGUCGAGACGGGGCAGUGUAAUUUAGGGCACACCACACUGCCCUCCUUCUGGACCAUGUGCCAGUACAGUUGAAUCUGUAGAAAAUGGCUGUUGUAAAGGAA